AUGGACAAAUUGCAUGAGACGUUAAUAAAUAUGGAAGACACUUUGGGUUCGGAGCACUCUGUCUGCUUAUCCUCCUGGGACUGGAAGAACACGGCCGGGACUUUUGAGCUGCACUCUGUCUCCUCUCCUCACAGCGUGUCUCCAACGCCAUCCUUCGAGUCUUACUCCUCAUCUCCAUGCCCAGCUGCAGCUGAGACCCCAUAUAGCGGUGGUGGCCUGGUGGGCUACGGCCUGGUGGACUUCCCCCCAGCCUACCUGCCCAGCCCUGGGCAGGCCCGGCUGCCCAAAGGCACCAAGGUGAGGAUGUCAGCCCAGCGCCGGAGGAAAGCCAGCGAGAGGGAGAAACUGCGGAUGAGGACCCUGGCCGAUGCACUGCACACACUGCGCAACUACCUGCCACCUGCCUACAGCCAGCGGGGACAACCCCUCACCAAAAUACAGACCCUCAAGUGCACCAUCAAGUACAUCAGCGAACUGACGGAGCUUCUCAACAGCGUCAAGAGGGCAUAGGGCCCGGAUGGAGCACCUACCCUGGCACCCCAGGCUCUGCUGUGGAAAAGCCUCUUAAAAAAAGACAACAAAACUACCCCAACCACCCCAAUUUCUUCUUUGUUGGAGCAUGGUUGCAUGGGGUGACAGAGGAACAUGAGGGAGGGAGA